AUGACCGAAGAAAGGACAGAGACGCCCCUCACCGACACACGAGCAUCUGCUCCACCCGGGGAUUCAAAACCGGCCAUUACGGAAAAGAAGGUCAUAUCUAUCAUCAAAGAAUUUGCCAACGACGUGGUUCGACCUUGGAAGAAGAAAAUUAAGAAAAACGCGGUCCAAGCGGUCAAGAUAGCCGAGACAACAAGGGAUGAUCUUGGCGAGGCGGUCAAGCGGAUCACGUCGGUCGAAACCAACUACGGUAAUGUCGAUGUAAUGUACGACGCUCAUCUUAAGCGAACAAUGGCCUUGGAGGAUAUGACUCCAAAGUUGGUGGAUGACCUCGAGUCGGUCAGCCAAAGGGUAGCAAAGAUGGAACGGUCUCAAGAAAAGACCGAGCAACGGCUGACAAAGGUCGAUGAGGACCUGGAGCGGUCAAGUGCCCAAGCCGGUUCAACACUCGACAGGGUCAUAAGUCUUGAAGAAAAGAAUGCAAGUCUUGAGGAAAGGAACACCAAGCUUGAGGCUGACCUCAAGGCAGUCACCGAACAAGUGACUGAGUUAAUAAAGGCCAAACUUGCUGCGGAUAAGGCAAUUGAGGAGGCGAAUGCCCUCGCGGCUCGGCAACUUCAAGAUGCGCUGGACGAGGAGACACGGAAAAAGAAGGAGGCUGCAUGGUUUGAUCCGAACAUAGCCGAGAACAUACGAAAAUUAACGGCCAAAAAUCCGGAACUCGCAAAAACAAUAGCGGCAACACAAGACGAAGAUGCUAAGCGGCUACAAGCUCAGAAACAAUUGUACAAGGAUUAUGCCAAGAUUCACAAGAAGUCCCAAGCGGUUGUCUCCUCAUCGGCUCCGGGCACACGAAAAAGGAAAGCUCCUUCAAAGAAGGAGCAAGUCAACAUACUGCUAAACAGAAUCACCGAGACAGUUGUUGACCCUCCGCUCAACCCGGCUUUGCACACCGAGGAUGAUUUCGAAGAAGAUGAUCAGCCACAACUCACAAGACAGCGAGUUUUAGAUGCAAUUCCAAUCAGAACGAUCGGUCAGCCGCUAUCUCCUCAAACCCUAAACCCUAAACCCUAA